AUGAUUGUUUUAGAAGCUGAAGUUCCUAAAGAAAAAGCCACAGCAGCUUCAUCAAAGAACGGUAUGGAUAACUAUUUUAUUUCGACUUCAAACAAAAAACGUUAGUCUUACUGUAAAAAGAACAGAGUGUUCUUUAUUUAUCUCUCAACCAAUUACUCAGUAUGGGUUUCAUUGAAUUGCAGUCUGAACCUUUGCUGUAUAUGUUAUUAUUCUUGUUUGAUUAGAGCCCAAGGAAACUAAGGAACAAGCCAAACCAGAACCUGCAAAAAAGGGUACAGAUAGGAUUUGUUUUUCUUCCAUCAAAUGUAUGUUGGCCCAAUUCUUGAGAUUAAUGUUGUGUCUUGUCCAAUGAUUGUUUUAGAAGCUGAAGUUCCCGAAGAAAAAACCAAAGCAGCUACAUCAAAGACAGGUGCAAAGUAGUCUUUGUGUACCACAGAACCCUUUUUCACACUACUGAGCCAAGCCAACCUACAGUAUACUGGGCUGGCCUAGUUACCCACCAACCAUAGUUGCUGGAACAGUGCUGGAAAGGACAAUGUGAAAAGAACAAGCACAGUACAGUUUGACUUGGCCCUAUAGUCUGAAUCAGGUAAGACUGUAUUGUAUGAUAGAAGGUAUAGUUCAUGAAAUAUUUUGUUUCUGAUUUAGAUGCUGAAGCAAAAGAAAAGGCCAAAUUAGCUCCAGAAAAGAAAGGUAUCAAAUUAUUUUUGAAUUGUUGAUUUUCCAUUUAUUCAAAUAAUAAGUAGGCAGACCAAUUUAUCCAUGUUAUGCUAUUUAUAAAACAUUCUAUCAAGAUCUUAUUGUAAAGACUGUUGUAUGUGAACUUAGAAGCUGAAGUUUCCAAAGAAAAAGCCAAACCAACUCCUGCAAAUGAAGGUAACAGAAUGUAUUUACUUACUCCACAACUAACAUAAUAUUACAGACAGUACAUAAUCAUAGAGAAACAGUUUGUCUUGCUAUGUUCAUAGAGAAACACAUUUAUGUUGUAUUUGAUUCAGAUGCUGCAGUUAUUAAAGAAAAGGUGAAACCAGCCCGUGCAAAGAAAGGUAAGCAUGUUUUCAAAUCUGUGGUUAAUAUGGGAUUUGAUAGAGCUUGA